AUGAUUCAAGGAGGUGAGUAUUGAAAUGUUUUUUACUAAUAUUUUCGCAGUAUUUACAUACCUGGAGAAGUAUGGGUGGUAUACAUUGAUUGCUGCGGCCUUGGUGUUUGUGAUCUAUCAGAAAUAUCUCUCUGAUAAGCUGCAGGAGUAUCAGCAGAACCGAGAGUUGGAGAAACAAAAGAAAGACGGUACAUUGAUUACGUUCUUAUAUGUAAUCAUUACACUCCUUCAGACGAUGCUCAAAGAGAUAAACACCGAAAAAAAUUGGAAGAAGUUCGUAGGAAACAACAGGAAGAAUAUGAUGCCGAGGUAGCCAGAGAAAAGGAAAGACAGAAAGCAUUGGAAGAAGAAAGGAAAAAAGAAAAGUUGGAACGAUUGAACAAGGAGGAUGGGGAUGGGAACGUUCUCUUCGAUGCCCUGAACUUUGUUAACGAACAAGUCGGCAGCAAAAAAGUUGUCAUAUUCAGCAAGUCGUGGUGUCCAUAUUCAAGGUAUGUUGAAUAGGUUGAGUUUAGAAUACAGGGUGCGCCAAUAAAAUGUGGACAAAUACUUUUGCUUGCCCUGUGGGCUGUAAAAGUACAAAAGUGGGAAGUUGUUCAAACGUUUAAUGCGUCCAAGAAUCUAUCUUUAAUUCGGACAAAAUAAUCCUCUACGACACUUCUUUUUCCAUAAGUACUCACAACUAAAAAGGGAUCGGCAAAAGCACGCAUCCUGGUUUUUUCUUGAAACAUAUACCAUUUGAAAGAGCGUAAAAAAACUGGUCUAGGAUCACCUUUUAUUAGCUGCUAUUUUUGCUCUACGCCCUAGCUAGCGAGCAUUUUUUUAAAAAUCCCGGUUGGAUUUCACGACUCUUUGCUUCUGAACGGCUAAAAAGAUUCAAUAAUUACUUUUCAUAUGUCCCAUACGUACCUAUGACGUCCAACGCUUCACCCUAUGCCAAAGAAUACACACUUUUUCCGACCUUGAGAUACCCAAGUCCAUGUUCACAAUGUGUGAUCACGCGAUCUUUUAGGUCGUGUAACUCAAUGCAACAUAGCGGGUAGAAAACAUGUAAACCGUUUUCAGACUCAAUUUUCACGUACUUUCCGUUACUGGGCUUAAUUCGUAAAAAUCUGAAAGCGUUGAAAGUUCCAGCCAUAGAAGAUACCUACUUCAAGGGCAAGUACUACAAAUUUGAAAGAAUUUAAAAAAUCUCCGUUUUUUAUUAAAAAACUACUCCGAUUAUACCACAAAUGUCUACACGACACUCAAACACUAUUUCCAGGCCUUAUUUGGUUUACAAUAAAAAGAAAAUCAAAAAAAAUCAAAAGAGGUGUCGAACCCGGUUCGCAGGUUCGCCUCGUUCAGCGCAUUACCCCACUAGGCCACCGAAGCACUGCUGCGCUGUGCUUUGGAAAUCGUUCGGAUUUGUUUCCUCGGAAAAAGGGUGAGAUAAGCCUAGAACUAAAUAAUGCUCGCUAGCGAAGGCGUAGAGCAAAAAUAGCAGCUAAUAAAAUGUGAUCCUAGACCAGUUUUUUACGCUCUUUCAAAUGGUACAUGUUUCAAGAAAAAACCAGGAUGCGCGCUUUUGCCGAUCCCUUGUAAGGCCCCUGAAACACGGAUCCCAAAUUGGUUACGAUGCAUCGAUGCCUUUACCGUUGAAUGCUAUGGGCUCAAAUUUACUUUUUAUAGUAAAGCGGCGGUUGUUUUUUAUCCACUAAAAUUGAUUUCGCUUAAUUACGACUACUACACCAGUUUUGGGGUUUUUUUUUCCGCGACCAACGGCGCCUUGCAAUAGGCCCCACCUUGGCUUUAGCGUUGCUGUAUAGCAUGGCCGUUACCCUUGUUAAUAAAAGGGCUAAAAGUUUUCAUUCCACUCGAAAACAGCUAUAUGGGAUUGAUUUUUGUCGAUUUUAUUGGCACAGCCUGUAUAUUGCUUUAGAAAGGCCAAACAAGUUCUCCUUGGUGUUUAUCGUGUAGACCAGAAGGAUUACAAAGUGAUCGAGCUGGAUGAAAUGGAGACUGGAGAUCUUAUCCAAGACGCCCUUCAAAGAGUUACCGGUGGCAGAUCUGUCCCCCGAGUAUUUGUCAAUGGCCAAUUCAUUGGUGGAGGUGAUGACACUGAAAGGCUUCACAAGGAGAAUAAAAUGGCCGGUCUGUUGAAAGAUGCUGGUGUUCAGUUCUUGGAGGGCAAUUGA